AUGGAGGAGCGCCAUCACCAUCCAAGCGAUCCUGUUGGCUGGCGUGGAAAACAGCGAUCGCGACCACCACAUCAAUCCGCGCGGUCUGACGGCAGAGUGUCAGUGCCAGUUAAAGCGGCUCCGUGUCCCAAACUCGAACGAAACACUCUUGAAAUCAUGCUCUCAUUCAUCGAUCGAGCAGAUUGGAAAGGGGAGGCAGUCCUGGACUCGGGGGCCGAUGGGAACUGGAUGAAUGAGGAGUUGAGCAAAAGUCUCGGGUUGAGACCGACGGAGCGGCACGAGGAAUGUUACCUUGGCUUUCAGGGAUCCCCGUUGAAAAGCAGUUUGACGGUGGAAGGGUUCUGGCUAUAUGACCAUCGCACAUACGAUGUGGCAUUCAGGCUGGUGGAGAAUGCACCAUUUGACGUCUUGCUAGGGUAUGACCAAUUAAGGGCCGUGGGACUGGUGGAUUUCGAGGCGGGUGUCCAGAACCAUAUGAAGCCGGUGCUAGUGCUGGCGAAGGACAAGAGCAAGGAGAGCAAGGAUCAACGGCAGGCCAGUUCGGCACACGCCACCAGGGAACGAUCCCGAAUGGACAAUGCGGAUCUCUAUGAUCGACUGUGCGCUGAAGGUUGGAGAUGGGAUGAUGAGAAAAAACAGAUGUGGCGCAAAGACGAGAAUGGCAACAUUCAGUGGACCGAAAAAAAUUGGACCUAA